AGAGACAGACAGAGAGAGAGAGACAGACAGAGAGAGACAGACAGACAGACAUCACGGACACAGUGCAGAGCUGCUCCGAGGGUCGCGUGUCUUUCCGUGCAUUAAUACCGGGACAUUAACGGUAAAUUAACGGUAAAUUAUGACUACGGAGGAGACGAACGUGGAUCUGAAGGAUGCUGAGACCAGAGACGCGGAGCCGGAGCACGCGGCGGAUCCGGAUCCGGCUCCGGUCCCUGCGGAUGCUGAUGCGACGGAGGCCGACGUGAGCGAGGCGGACCUGGACCAGGAGGAGCAGGAGAAGCAGCCGAUGACCGGAGGAGGAGACCGGGACCAGGACGCUCCGUCCGCCGGGGAGGAGGAGGAGGAGGAGGCGGUGGCGGCGGAGAAGAACGGCUCCGUGAAGCUGAAGAUCCUCGACGAGCCGGAGGAGGUGAAGUUCACCGGACUGAGCAAGGAGGAGCUGCUGAGGGUGGCCGGGACCCCGGGCUGGGUGAGGACCCGCUGGGCGCUGCUGGUGGUCUUCUGGCUCGGCUGGUUGGGGAUGCUGGUCGGCGCCGUGCUGAUCAUCCUGCAGGCGCCUCGCUGCAGAGAUCUGCCCGCCACCAGCUGGUGGAACGGCGGCCCGCUGUACCAGAUCGGAAACAUUCAGGCCUUCAGCGACGCCCAGAACCUGAAGGGUGUGGAGCAGAGGAUCGGCGCUCUGGCUCAGCUGAAGGUCAAAGGUCUGCUGCUCGGUCCGCUCCACGUCGCUCCGGCCGACGAAGCCGUCAGUCUGAGGUUCGAGGAGAUUUCCUCGGACGUCGGAAACCUGGAGCAGUUCAGAGGACUCGUCCAGGCGGCGCACAAGAAGGGUAUUUUUGUGGUCCUGGAUCUGACUCCAAACUAUCAGGGGACGUCUGGACCCUGGUUCUCCAACAUCAGCGUGACCAACGUGGCUGAGAGGCUAAAGUCUGCUCUGGUGUUCUGGAUGAACGAAGGCGUGGACGGCGUGCAGCUGGCGGGCGUGGAGCGAGUGGCCGCCGUGGUGCCGUCGCUGUGGACCGACAUCAGAGCCAUCAUCCAGAACGGGACCGAGGAACGUCCCGACAAGAGAGUCCUGAUUGGCGUCACCGAGCGCUCCUCGGCUGAGGACGUGUCCUCGCUCCUCUCCUCCACCGGCGUCGACCUGCUGAUCUCCCGGGUCCUCGGCUCCGGCGCCACGGACGCCACGGAGCGCGCUCAGACCGUCCAGCUCUUGUAUUCGUCCCACGUCCAGACCAAGCUGGCGUGGAGCCUGGGCGGGCGGGCCGAGGGUCACCUGGCCUCGCUGGUGGGAGCGGCGCUGGUCAAACUGCACCAGCUGCUGCUGCUCACGCUGCCGGGGACGCCCGUCCUGAACUACGGGGACGAGAUCGGCCUGAUGGACGAGGACACCAAGUUUCCCAGAAUGCUUUGGGACUCUGACGAGGAGCUGAACGGGACUCUGCAGGAGGAGCGGGCGGAGCGUCGGUCCUGUCGCAGGUUUUUCCGCGCGGUGAGCGAGCUGCGCGGGAAGGAGCGCUCGCUGCUGUUCGGAGACUUCGUGCUGCUCUUCAACUCGUCUUCCUCGCUGGCGUUCCUGCGCGUCUGGGACCAGAGCCCGCGCUUCCUGGCCGCCUUCAACUGGGCCGAGGAGGCGGCGGCGCUGCCGCUGAGCCACGCCGCGCUGCCGCGGCACGCCACCGUCGUCCACAGCACCAACAGCAGCGCUCUGCCCGCAGACAGCGGCGUGGACCUGACGGAGCUGCGGCUCGGCCCCGGGCAGGCCGCGCUCCUCAGGUUUCCCUACACGGGAUAGAGUCCGUGGUGAAGCUCCCAUAUAAUGUUUGUUGGUGUUGAAUAUGAACAUAAAUCAUGUUCUCUGUGUGAAACAAAGAAAAAUAAAAGCAAAAGAAACACUUUUUUCAGACAA